AUGACGAGGGCCGAGGGUACUGAAGGUUUUCCAGCCAUUCUUCGGGAACUCAUGUGGCGUGCUAACUUCUCCAUUGCACUGGAGUACACCGUCUACUCGACUCAAAUAAGCCCUAGUCUUGUAGAAUACUCUGCUAGUGUCUUUCUACACCCACAUCUGAUGGAAGGCCGAGCUGAAAGGUCUCAUACCUUUAUUGGUAUUGGGAGUUCUCCUGAAGCUGCGGUCCAACAUUGCGCCUAUAAUGCUGUUGAAUGCCUUAGACGUAGAUACUCGGAGCUCAACAAUUCCUACACUUUUAGCUAUUUUCCUUACCAAGUUCAUGGGAGUGUUAAUGAAGUCCUAUACCCACAUCCUAUCUAUGAUGAGGUGAUGGAGAGUUGGAGGAUGUCGGAGCUCAUUCAAGCUUACCGGUGUAUGUCCUUCGAGUUAAACAUAGCUCGAAGACAGUUGGAGCAAUUGACAACAGAGUUGGAGGAGUUAGAGGCAUCCAACCCGAUUCCUGCCCGAGUGACCGGAGAGCCAGUAUUCCUCAAUGUAGCGGACAUAGUAGAUGAACCUUGCUUGUUUCCAGCCGAUUGUGGGAGACCUUAUUAG